AUGCUUCUCAACCGAUUAGACGGGUACGAGGAGCUCUCAGAAGACGAGGACGACGAAGAAGACGACGUGAAAGAGAGCGGGGCUCAAGCCGACGACGAAACAGCGCCCGAGUUAGUCGAAGUAUCCGCCGAACAAGCAGCAUCAAUUCUCGCAACGACCGAAGCCGAAGCCGAAGAGGCCAACCCCGGCGUCACGAAUGCGCGAUACCUCGACUCGAACUUGAAUAUCCAAGAGGACAAGAUUCUGGACUCGGAUCAGAAUGGCGUCAUGAUGGAGUGGGAGAGUGAUAUCAUGAAGAAAUCUGCCGUCGCGCUGCUCCCGCGGCCUGGGUUGAAGGUGCUUAAUAUUGGGCACGGUAUGGGGAUUGUGGAUGGGUUUUUCCAGGAAAGGGAACCCUCCGAGCACCAUAUUAUCGAGGCGCAUGCGGAUGUUGUCGCUGAGAUGAAGAAGCGUGGUUGGGAUUCUAAGCCCGGUGUCACUAUUCACGAGGGUAGGUGGCAGGAUAUUCUGCCUGGGCUUGUGGGUGAGGGUGUUACCUUUGAUGCGAUCUACUAUGAUACCUUUGCCGAGUCUUAUGCGGAUUUCCGGGGCUUCUUUUCUGAGCAGGUCAUUGGGUUGCUUGAGCAGGAGGGAGGUAAGUGGGGGUUCUUCAAUGGGAUGGGCGCGGAUCGCCAGAUCUCCUAUGAUGUCUAUCAGAAGGUUGCUGAGAUGGAUUUGUUUGAGGCUGGGUUUGAUGUUGAUUGGGAGGAUAUUCCUGUGCCUAAGUUGGAUGGUGAGUGGAAAGGUGUGAAGCGGGCUUACUGGGUGGUCGACAACUAUCGUCUGCCGCUGUGUCGAUUCAUGGAUUGA